CAGCCCCACCCGACCCUGACAAGUGACCAUGGAUCCUGGAGCCGGGCCAGACUCAUCUCUGACUGUCAAUGAGCAGGUCAUCGUGAUGUCAGGCCAUGAGACCAUCCGAGUUCUGGAGGUUGGAGUGGAUGCCCAGAUCCCUGCUGAGGAGGAGGGCAAAGCACUGGAAGGUGUGGCCGCCGAGGGCUCCCAGAGCGGAGGCCCCACCAAAGCCGGUGAAGCUGCUGGUGAAGCUGGGCCAGACAACCCAGACUCCUCUGCAGAGGCAACUGUGAAGUCACUCCCGGGGAUGCCUCCGAGCCCCGCCCCUGCUGUUGCCACCUUCAGCCAAGCCCCAUGCCAGCCUCAGGCAUCGCAGACCCUGACGCCACUGGCUGUACAAGCUGCCCCCCAGGUCUUGACUCAGGAAAACUUAGCCACAGUUCUGACAGGAGUUAUGGUUCCAGCAGGGGCAGUUACUCAACCUCUUCUUAUCCCCAUCAGUAUUGCAGGUCAAGUGGCUGGUCAGCAGGGGCUGGCCGUGUGGACAAUUCCUACAGCAACCGUGGCUGCCCUCCCAGGACUGACCGCUGCUUCUCCCACGGGGGCAAUUUUCAAGCCACCUUUAGCCGGUCUCCAAGCAGCUGCUGUGCUGAACGCCGCUCUCCCGGCACCUGUACAAGCUGCCCCACCGGCCCAGGCCUCCUCGCCCACCCGGCCCCGACCGCCAGCCCAGCCCCAGACGCUGAUCCAGACCCAGCCGCUGCUGCAGACCACACCUGCCAUUCUGCCGCAGCCCACUGCUGCCACCGCGACUGCCCCCACCCCCAAGCCAGUGGACAGCCCCCCACAGAUCACCGUUCAGCCUGCAGGCUUCGCGUUUAGCCCAGGAAUCAUCAGUGCUGCUUCCCUCGGGGGACAGACCCAGAUCCUGGGCUCCCUCACUGCAACUCCGGUCAUUGCCAACGCCGUUCCCAGCAUGCCGGGGAUCAGCAGUCAGAUCCUCACCAACGCUCAGGGACAGGUUAUUGGAACACUUCCGUGGGUAGUGAACUCGGCUAGCAUGGCGGCCCCAGCACCAGCCCAAAGCCUGCAGGUCCAGGCUGUGACCCCCCAGCUGUUGUUGAACGCGCAGGGCCAGGUGAUCGCAGCCCUGGCCAGCAGCCCCCUGACUUCUCCCGUGGCUGUCCGGAAGCCAAGCACUCCUGAGUCCCCCGCUAAGAGUGAGGUGCAGCCCAUCCAGCCCCCAGCAGCCAUGCCCCAGCCAGCUGUGGUCAUCGCCAGCCCAGCCCCAGCGGCCAAGCCAGCUGCCUCUGCUCCCAUCCCGAUCACCUGCUCAGAGACCCCUACUGUCAGCCAGCUGGUGUCCAAGCCACAUACCCCGAGUCUGGAUGAGGACGGGAUCAACUUAGAAGAGAUCCGGGAGUUUGCCAAGAACUUUAAGAUCCGGCGGCUAUCCCUGGGCCUCACACAGACCCAGGUGGGUCAGGCUUUGACCGCGACGGAAGGCCCAGCCUACAGCCAGUCAGCCAUUUGCCGGUUUGAGAAGCUGGACAUCACGCCCAAGAGCGCACAGAAGCUGAAGCCAGUGCUGGAGAAGUGGCUGAAUGAAGCCGAACUCCGGAACCAGGAAGGCCAGCAGAACCUGAUGGAAUUUGUGGGAGGCGAGCCCUCCAAGAAACGCAAGCGCCGCACCUCCUUUACCCCCCAGGCCAUAGAGGCUCUUAACGCCUACUUCGAGAAGAACCCGCUGCCCACAGGCCAAGAGAUCACCGAGAUUGCUAAGGAGCUCAACUACGACCGGGAGGUCGUGCGGGUCUGGUUCUGCAACCGGCGCCAGACGCUCAAGAACACCAGCAAGCUGAAUGUCUUUCAGAUCCCUUAG